AUGACAUUGCCACUAGCAAUUUAUAAUUUCAAAUUAACAAAAUAUUCAAAAUUUGAAUCAAAAAAUUGGAUUCAUUAUCCUCAAAGAUCAAAUUUAUCAAUUUCUUUUAAUAAUAGUAAUACUAUUAAUAUUAAUUUCUUAAAUAAAGAAUUAGAAAAUGAUGAAAUUAAAGUAGUUAUACAGUUUAAAGGUUCAAAUUUAGAUGAAUUUAUAAUAUUAAAAUCAAAUAAAGAUAAAAUCUUAACUACUGUUUUAGCUAAAUCUCCAAGUAUUGGUAUAAAACAAAUUAAUAAAUUAAAUGGUGAUUUAAUUUUAAGGUUUCAAAUUAGUUUAAUUGAUGAUGACGAAUAUAAAAAAUGUUUAGAAUUUUUGAAACAUUGUGAAAUUGGUGAAUUUGAUAAAACAAGGAAUGAUAAUACAAUUUCAACUAUAUCAUCUAGUACGAUUGAAAGUAAUACUACUUUAUUCAGUCAACUGCAACUGAAAAUGGAUCAAAAUAGUUUAUCUUCUCAAUUUGGUUCAGUAAAUAGUUCAAUCAAUUUUCAAAAUCUUAGAGAUGAAGAUUUAUUAAGUAUUACUCAACAAUUGUUAAAAUUACAAAAUAAUCAAAAUUAUACUCAACCAACACUGUUUAAACCUAUGCAACCUUUACCCCAACAACAACAACAAUAUCAAGCUCCACAAAACUUAAAUCAUCAAAAUAGUAUGCAACAACCAGUACAACAAUUACAAUCACAACAACAACCACGAAUCGACUGGGAUCAAUCACAAACUUCUAUUAAUUCAAAUUUCAACACUUUUCCACAAACUUCAAGAUAUACUCAACAACAUAUACAACCAAACACAAUGCCAGCUUAUGCUAACAUUCCAAGUAACUCAAUCAAUAUUCCAUUUUCAGUAAAUGCUAUUAACAAUACCAAUCCUGAGUCCACAAUUUACCACCCAAAUAAUUAUGAUCAAAAUUACCAAGAGCCAAGACAACCAUCAACCAAUACACAUAGCUCAAAUCCCCAAUCUACAAAUACUAACUCAAAUUUAAGUAACUUAGAUGAACAACUUCAAUACAAAAUCUUAACGGAAAUGAAACAAUUAUCAAAUAUAUCAGAUUCAAAUUUACGUCAUAUAAUUAGUAAAACUUGUCAAAUUAAAGAAUUUAAAGAUUUUGUUGAAAGAUUAGAUAAAGUUAUUGAAAAUAAUUGA